AUGAUUAGAAUUCAACGAUUUCUAUAUUAUAUUCUAAUCUUGGUGUUUUUCGUAUUCAUUUCAAUAACUUUAUUAACUCAUCUCAAAACACCAUCACCUGAUUUCAAAGAUGAACAUUUUAAAACAACAAAAAAAGUAAAUCCUAAUGAAGAGAAAUAUUUAUCAUGGUUCCCACAUAGUGAUUUUCCUGAACAGCAAGAAUCCUUUAGAAAUGCACUCCGACUUGCUUUAGAAACAAAACGUACAAUUAUUGCACCUAUGCUUCGAAUUAAUAAGAUUUAUCCUUGGAUGCCAUUCGAAGAUCUUGCUAAACGUUAUGAAGCACAAGAAAAAUCCACACUAAAAAAGGCAUGCGAUAAUAAUCAACCUACUUGGCAAACAGCGUUAGAACCUUGUGAGACAAUAAAUGAUUGGAUUGAAAUACCUUGGUCCAGUAUUAUGGAUUUAGAGAUUAUUAAAAGAGAAUAUGGUAUUCGAAUUAUUGAACGUACAAAUGGACAUGGUUGGGGCGUUCAUGAGUCAGCUUUAGAGAGUCAUAUCGACCCUGAAGAUGUAGCUAUCAUUGAUGUCAUGUCAUUUAAAGAAAAUGGCACAGACUGGGAACAUAUCGAUCCUACUGAAGAAGCAUUAAAGCUUUCAAAGCAAUCAACACUAACUCGUUUUACAAAUUGGAUUCAAUCUCAUUUUACCCCGCCAGCUAAUGAAAAAUUGUCUCAGCCCCUAAAAUUUGUGCUGAGUGUCGAUCGCUUACAUGCAAUUGAUGCAAAAAUUAUUCAAUUUGGCGCCUUGAAUUCAGCUGCGCGUUAUGAGACCACUCAAAAUGAAAUUCAAUCAGACCUUCGAAAGGCAUUGAUGAAGUCACGCUUUAUCGUUCCUGAUCAAAUGGCUCAACUGACUGCCCAAUCUUCCAAGAUCAUUGAGGUCUUGGGUGGCCGUUUUCAAUUUAGCACAUUAAUUCUUAAUUUAUCCAAACUAGUAGCAAUGGAUGCACGUGCUGGCACUAUCCAAAAUAUGGCUGUCGAUUCAAACCAAAUCGAUAAUCGACCUCCUCCUGGCAUGGAAGAUUUAAAUGAAAAGUCAAGAUGGGAUUUGAUGGAGGCUGUCGUACUCGAACUCUUUGGUGACAUACCUAUUAAUCAAGCCGUUUCCGCUGCUAUGCCAAUUAAGCCAUCCUCAACAUUAGCCGCACUUUUAAACUCCGGUUUCUCCACAACAAAUCGUACCUCACCUCAAGAUCGAUUCCAGUUGUUAGAAGCAUGUGUUGACUAUCAUCGACAUGUUGAAGAACGUUAUCCUGUAUAUUAUCUCAUUAACGACAUGCAGAUUGCAGCAGAAACACGACCUGAUAUUUUUGGGCCUCUUUUAGAGAUGUUCCCUUGUAUCUUUUCUAAAGCUGACAUGAUAAGCUGGGGGAUUCAAACAGAUUCCUAUUUAUCUGGUCAACCUGGUUUAAUAGACACACAUAUUAAUUAUGAGCAACUAUUUCAACCUCUUCUUGACAUUUUGAUUGCACAAAAAGGCUAUUCAUUUUUUGAAAUUCCAACCACACCUUUAACUCGAUUUCUCAAUUGGAGUCCAAAAGAAUAA